AUGGCUGCAAACACUAUCGUGGACGGCCUCAAGGCUGUCCUGAGCCCGAGCGCCAUCGUCUAUUUCCUUGGCCUCUGGGUCUUCUACUACAUCCUGGUCGCCCUGUACAACAUCUCCCCGUUCCAUCCUCUGGCCCGCUUCCCUGGGCCCAAGAUUGCGGCUGCGACUUACCUGUAUGAGGCAUACUAUGACUGGUGGCUACUUGGAAGAUAUGGCAAGGUCAUCGCACGGAUGCACGAGCAAUACGGACCCAUUGUAAGAAUCAACCCCGACGAGCUUCACUGCUCUGAUCCCUCCUUUACGGAUGAGAUCUAUGCUGGACCGGGUCGCAUCCGUGACAAAUGGCAGCACCAGCUGAACACCGGCGGUGCCGGUCCCGUAUCUGUCACCGGCUUCUCCACCGUUCCUCACGAGCUUCACCGCAUGCGCAAGGGCGCUCUUUCCAAAUUCUUCUCGCGUCAGCAGAUGCUCAAACUUGAGGGAGAGGUACAGGAGUUCGCCGAGCUUGCCGUUGACAAGAUGCUCCGUUCGGCCGGCAAGGAGCCCUUCGAUGUCAAGGAGGCUUUCAACUGCUUUACCGCUGAUAUCAUGUCCCAAUAUGCCUUCGGUGAGCCCAUGGGCUUCAUUGCUCAGGAGGGCUGGGAGCCCAACUUCGCAACAUGGGUCAAGUCUUUCUUCAAGAGCGCCUACAUGAUGAGACACAAUGCCCUCGGCAGGAAGAUGGCGCAGGUACUCCCCAUGAUGGCCGAUUACAUGGGUGAGGAUAUCAAGGCUGUAAUGAGACAAAUGAACGUUGUGAUUCCGGGAUACAUCCAGGCGGCUCUGAACAACCCUGAGAACGGAAGAGUCUUUGCCGACCUCAUGGAAUCCAAGACAAUGCCUGAAUCUGAAAAGUCCAUGUACCGCCUUUCUGGCGAGGGCUUCAACUUCUUGCUUGCGGGUACCGAGACCACUGCUGUGAGUUUGAUACAGGCCACCCUUACCGUCAUCACUUACUACCUUCUUGCCCAGCCCAAGACGUACGCACGUCUGAUGGAGGACUUGCAGGGCCUCAACCCCUCGAACCUCAAGUGGACCGAGCUUGAGCAGAAGCCCUUCCUGUGGGCCGUUAUCCAUGAAUCCCUGCGCAUGAUGCCUGGUGUCUCACACCGUUCGGCCAGAAUUGCUCGUGAGGAGGACUUGGUGUACAAGACCCGCGACGGCAAGAAGGAGUGGGUCAUUCCCAGGGGCACUCCCAUUGGCAUGACCUCCAUGAUCAACCACUGGGACAAGGAGCUGUUCCCUGACCCUGACGAGUUCAUCCCCGAGCGUUGGUUGGUGAAUGGCCAGCCCAACUACAAGCUCCAGAAGUAUCUGAUUGCCUUCGGCAAGGGCAGCCGUUCGUGCAUUGGCGAAAACCUGGCGUACUGCGAAGUUUAUCUGAUGGCGGCUAUGAUGGCUCUGCGUGUCAUUCCCAGAGCGCAGCUGUAUGAUACAACUGUGGAGGACAUCUCCUAUGACCAUGACUUGAUUGUUGUCCAGACCAAGAAGGGUUCUAUCUCUGUAAAGAUUCAGAUCAAAUAG